GAGUGAAUGGGAGAGAGGGAGACACAAUGAGAGCAAAGCCCUGUGAUUCCAAUCACUGGCAGGCUGGCACGGGACACACUCGGCCUGACACUUAAGUCACGGGCUCCAGCCGGGUCACCGCGAAUGCCAGCCUCAUGACUCGCGAGGGGCCGACUGUCACUGGGGGACACUUUGACCUCACAAAGCCAGCGUGGAGAAUUUCCCGUUUCUUACUGGUCAACCGGUGCACGCUUCAUACACGACGAUAAGAGAUCUGAUUUCCGAAGACGGACCACCAGCUACCAGAGAUGGCAGGUAGGACCAGGGAAAUUCUGGCCAAACCAACCCGGAGUUGCGGUCGCAUCAUCUGGACGCUGUCAGCAAUGCUGGCGAUCCAGCUCGCCGGCGGAUGCCCCGCAGCAUGCACGUGCUAUCCAAAGACUAAAGUGGUGGACUGCCGAGGCCGUGGUCUGCAAGAUAUCCCACGCCAGCUGCAUCUUAACACGCUGGAACUAUAUCUGGAGCACAAUCGCAUCCACGUUCUGGGCUACACGGCCUUCAGGGAGACACCGCUGCUCCGCGUGCUCAACCUGGCCAACAACUCCAUCACCACCAUCUCCACUAAUACCUUCCAGGGUCUCCGGGGCCUGCUGGUGCUCAACCUGGCCAACAACGCCAUCCAGGAUAUUGACCGGCAUCUCUUCAGGCCUAUCAGGAGCCUCUCAGAUCUCAAUCUGUCCCACAACAGCAUCAGCAGGCUCCCGGCCACCCUGCCUGACAGCAUGCACAACCUCACUAGGCUCUCUCUGCACCACAACCGGCUGCAGAGGCUGCACUGGAUGCUGCUGGAGUCCCUGAGCAAGUUGCAGGUUCUCUCCCUUCACAGCAAUCCUUGGAAGUGCGACUGCCAGCUCAUCGGCCUGAAGCUUUGGCUGGAAACCUUUCUCUUUAAAGGAGGAAUAAUGGAUGAAAUCAGGUGCGCACAGCCUGGAGAUCUGAGGGACGAGGACCUCCGGAACAUUCCGUAUAAGCUGUUUGGCUCCUGCCUGAACACUAGCCAAAGCCACCCACUCGCCCACCUCCAACACCAGGCCAAAGAGCAUGAGUCGCCAUAUUCCGGUGGCAACGGGGGCGGCGACCCCGGGUGCGGGGCCAAGCAGCGGGCACGCCCCCCCAACCUGCGGCAUGCCAUCGCCACUGUGGCCAUCACAGGCGUGGUGUGCGGACUGGUGUGCCUCAUGAUGCUGGGCGCUGCCGUCUACGGAUGCACCUACGCGGCUGUCACAGCCCGCUACCAGCGGGAUCUGAGGCAGGCCGAUAGGGCGGCCCCCUCUAGCAGGCAGGGCAGUGGGGAAGGCAAGGAGCUCCAACGGGACUCUGCUAUAUCUACAGCACAUGCACAUGCAUGCUCUGCAUCUAUGUAGUUAAGUAGUUAAGGACAAAAUGAUGUUUUGUGAACUAUUUGCUGUAUUUUUUCAUUUGAUUUUAGACAGGCCUUUUGCCCUUUUUUUGAAGAGUUCGCCACCUAGUGGUGUCAUAAAAUACAGCAAAUGGUUCACAAAGCAUCAAUUUGUCCACCACUUCUAUGUAGAGGCAAUACCUUUCCUGCAACUAAGUAUUUGUCUCUGAGAUUUUAUAGAUACAAUUAACAGUUGUUCUGUUGUUACGGCAGUUUGUGCUUUUGCUAUGUGGUCUUGAUGAAUCCAUUAGGAUAUUCGACUGAUUGUAAGACAUGGGUAAACAUAUAUGGUGUGUGUGUGCGUAUGUGUACAUAUAUGUAUAUAAACCAGAUUCCAGCAUUU